AUGUGUGAGAAGCUGAAGAUUGAGCUUGAGUACAAUUGUGCCACCAUCUCGUUCACCCUUGAUAUCUGGACAGCACCGAAUCGGGUGCCCAUUUUCGCCAUUAUUGCGCACUGGAUUACACCGGAGUUUGAGGAGAGAGAAGUUAUUGAGUUUAUUGAGCUCAAAAGAUCUCACACUGGCAAACAAUUAGCUGAGAUAGUUGAGAGGACGCUUGAGGAGCUCAGGCUCAAGCCUAAGCUUCUCGCCAUUACGGGAGACAACGCCGGCAAUAACGGCACGCUCUGUCAGUCUUUGUACGAUUCUCUCAAGACCAAAUUCGACGACAAGGUGAGCCCAAUAGGGAGGCCCUGCAUGCGCUUUCACGGCAGGAAGAGUUGGAUCCGCUGUCUAGCUCAUAUUACCUCGCUCAUUUGUGAGGGCGUCUUGCAAGAUCUCAAAGCAGGCACAGCGAAGGAAGCCAAGAAGAUGCUUGACAAUCGAAGUGGGAUUGCCAAAAUCCGCCUCCUCAAUCUCUGGAUGUUGAGAUCCGGGUCUAGGGAGCAAGACUUCAAAAGCAUGCCGCGCACGCACUACCGGAAGCCAACCUACGAUGUCGACACUCGCUGGAAUUCGGCCUACGACAUGAUUGACCAAUUCCUCGAGCUUGAGGCAGAGUAUACUGAGUUCGUUGAUACUCACCCGCAAGUCAAGUGCCUCCUGCCCUUAUCAGAAGAGAUUGUCGCUCUCUAUCAACUGUGGAAGGUUCUGAAGCCGUUUAAAGACCACACUCUGAAAGUCUCCGAAGUUAUGCCGCCGAUCUCACAAAGUCUCGAUAUCUAUUGGGAUUUGGAAGCUCUCCUGAUGAUGUAG